AUGAAGAACAUCGUCAUCAGUAACUCCACGGGCUCGGUCACUGUGUCUACCUCGGACGAAGAAGAAUCUGGAGUGCAAGUCACCGCUUCCCAGUCGCCCUCGAGCCAAGAAGAAGACUACAACGACGAGUCGGACUGGAGCGAGGUAGGCGCUGAACAGUUCUCCGAAGACGCCCUCUAUCCCUCCGACUCUGCCUCUCGACCUCGAACGUCCGGCAAGCACCGAGCCCUUCCAGCGCAUGACCGUCCCCCACCCCCACCACGUCGCAAGUCAUCCAACCGCGUACCCGUCCGAGAUCCCCCUCGACCUCGUGAGGCCCCUCGGGACCCUUACUACCCGGAAUACAGAGACCCAAGAGACUUUAGCAGGCGGGUACCGUCUGACUCUUCCGGCAGUGUGGAGCACGACGAUUACCCGUACGGCCACGGGCACGGCCGGCCCCCGCACCGACACCCACCGGCGGAAUGGCCCUCCGUACCACCUAACGGCUACCCACCAAGCAUGAUGUCAGGUGUCGGGUCGCCCUACGCGGUCCCUAACCCUUUCACAGGCCAGCCGAUGGACUCAUUGGUGCCAUACUCCCGGCCAGAACAAUACGGCUACCCCCCAAACCCCUUUGCGUCACCUGGAUACCCAUUUUCACCUGGCCAUAGCACUCCUGGCGCUCCAGGUUACCCAUUCCCUGAAACGAGCCGACAGGGACGAGGUCCACGGAAUCCAAUGGGUCGGCCCGGACCCCCUGAGCAGGUAGAUGCCGCCUAUGCCAUGAUGCCCUACGGCUAUCCUCAAUACCCGCCACAGCCCUACGGUCAGCCGUAUCCAGGCUAUCCAGGCUAUCCCGGCUACCCUCCCUAUCCUCCACAACAUCCGCAUUCGCACAACCCAAGCCCCGCGCCGCCCAAAACGCACACCCCCCAUGAGGCUACGCCUUCCGUGCCCCCGGCAGCUCCAGCAUCCGCUCCGCCUGCGGCACCCGUAGCGCCGCCACCCGCACCGGUCGUGGUUGCGCCGCCACCUCCUCCUGGACCUUCACCGGAGGAGUCUCGCAUAGCCGCUCUGGAGAAAUUAAUCAAUGACCGAGCUGCGGCCGACGCCGAAGCUGCGGCGAAAGCAGCCAAAGAGGCAGCAGAGAAGGCGCGGAAGGAGGAGAGCGAGAGAAUCGCCAAGCUCGAGUCGCUCCUGAUGGCCCAGCAGCAGAUGAAGCUGGACAAGAUCGCGGCCAAGAAGGCGGCGGAAGCGGAGGCGAAGAUUCUUGCAGCUGAGAAGAAGCGGGAGGCCGAAAUGAUGAACCUGCAGAAGCUGGAGAAGCUCUUCAUCGCCCAGAAGGAGGAACAGCUCAAGCGUGAGGAGGCGGCAGAGGCGGCGCGGAAGGCGGAGAAAGCAGAGGCGGAGUCGAAAGCCGCGACAGAAGCGGCGGAGAAGAAGGCGGCUGCUGAGGAAGCCGCCAAGCUUGUUGCCGCGGCGAAGAAGGCGAGGGAAGAGGCUGAGGCAAAGGCAAAGAAGGAGGCUGAGGACGCCAAGGCGGCGCAUGAGAAGGCGCUUGCGGAGGCUAAGACCGCGCAGGAGGAAGCUGAAAAGGCGAAGAAGGAGGCUGAGGAGUUGAAGGCAAAGGCUGAAGCCGACAAGAAGAAGGCCGAAGAGGAUGCUGCGGCGGCGGCUGCGGCGGCUGCGGAGGCCGCGAAGCCGAAGCCGGAUGAGGCGAAGAAGCCGAUCAGGUUCAAGGAUGCAGUAGGAAGGAAGUUCAGCUUCCCGUGGCACUUGUGCAAGACGUGGAGAGGCAUGGAAGAGCUAAUCAAACAAGCCUUCCUCCACGUUGAAGGCCUCGGCCCCCGCGUCCAAGAAGGCCAAUACGACCUCGUCGGCCCGGACGGCGAGAUCAUCCUCCCGCAAGUCUGGGAAACAGUCGUGCAGCCGGACUGGCAAAUCAGCAUGAUGAUGUGGCCGAUGGCUGAGCCCAAAAAAGAAAAGAAGGAGGAAAAGGCAGCCGACGCCAUUAUUGCCGUCCCAGAAGACUUCGUCAGCAUCGACGUCGGCGGCGUUGGCGCCUUUCCCGUCCACCCUGUUGGCAAGAAGAACUCAAAAGGCAAGGAAGAGAAGAGGAAGUCGACGAAAGUCGGCCAUGCUUCGCACGCGGCUCUGGCAGCCGCAAUGGCCGGCCCCUCCGCCAUUCCUGUCCCACCAUCGCACGGUGCUGCCGCCGGCCUCGGUAUAGGCGGCAUCCCCCCCCCGCCCAUGCACCACGGCUCCCCCCCAGGCGGUGCCGCGGCCGUCGUAGGCGUGCCACUGGUCGAGGUCAUAGGCGGAGGCGGCGGCGGGACCGGAAACGGAGGCGGGCGGCCACGGAAGCAAUCCCGGCCACCGUCAGUGCUCGGCUGGUUUGCAGGCGGCGGCAUGCGGCCGAAUCAGUCGUUAAAAGGCCCAAAAAAUGAGACCGGUAGCUCGAACACCCGGACGAUUCCCUCGGCCGUGAAUGGCGGCAAUGCGCACGCGCGCGCGCCCUCUGUCAGGUCUGUGAAGUCUGCGCAGGGCGGCAAUGGAUGUGUGGUCAUGUGA